UUUGCUCAGCUUCUUCACAUUCCCAUCAUCAAUGGCUGCCAUUCCAUCCUUCCACUUUCGAUGUCCAACGCUUUCUUCUCACUCUCAAAUUUGGGUCUCUCCCUUCUCUGUAGCUUCCCAAUUCAUUGUUGCUUCCCGCCAAAAUAUCUGCAUACCCAACAACAGCAACAGUUACAGUAACAGUAACAGUAACAGUAACAGUAACAGUAACAGUAACAGCCUCAGUGCUUUCAGAAAUCCAACUUUGCUUGUAACGGCUUCUUCUAGUAAUAGAGAGCCCAUGCUUCCACCUUACAACGUUUUGGUGACUGGCUCAACCAAAGGAAUAGGGUAUGCAUUGGCGAAAGAGUUUCUAAAAGCUGGUGACAACGUCAUAAUUUGCUCAAGAUCAUGUGAAAGGGUACAAGCUAAUGUACAGAGCUUGAGAGUAGAAUUUGGGGAGCAGCAUGUGUGGGGCACUAAAUGUGAUGUGAGAAAUGGAGAGGAUGUGAAGAAUUUAGUUUCAUUUGCUCAAGAAAAACUGAAAUACAUUGAUAUAUGGAUUAAUAACGCUGGAUCAAAUGCAUAUAGCUAUAAGCCACUUGCUGAGGCUUCAGAUGAAGAUCUUAUUGAGGUGGUUACAACAAAUACACUUGGCUUGAUGAUAUGUUGUCGAGAGGCAAUAAAAAUGAUGGUGAGCCAGCCUCGCGGAGGUCAUAUUUUCAAUAUUGAUGGAGCAGGUUCUGAUGGAAGACCAACACCCAGGUUUGCUGCAUAUGGAGCAACAAAGAGAAGUGUGGUGCAUUUAACGAAGUCAUUACAGGCAGAAUUGCAGAUGCAAGAUGUUAAAAAUGUCAUGGUGCAUAAUCUUUCGCCAGGAAUGGUUACAACGGAUCUUCUCAUGUCUGGUGCUAAUACAAAGCAGGCAAAGUUUUUCAUUAAUGUCUUGGCUGAACCAGCCGAAGUGGUUGCAGAAUACUUAGUUCCAAACAUUAGAUCUGUCCCUGCCAACGGAUCAAUGAAGCCAACUUACAUUCGAUUCCUCACUGGUUUGAAAGCCUAUUCUCAAAUAUUUUCAAGAUUUGCAUUUGGAGCAAGAAGGAACCGGUACAUUCUUGAAGAUUGAAUAAAAAUUGAUGCCAUGUGCUAUUUUUGGUAUUUUAUUGUUAUGUUUCUCCGUGCCCCCUCCCCACAGCCUCUAUUUAAAAAAAAAAAAAAAAAACAUUUUGUAGAAUAUGGAUAACAGAAAAAAACUUAAUUACUAUUUUAUGGCUUUCGGUGAAGCUAAAAAUCUAUCUGUACAUGUUUUGAGGGUAGAUAUGGAUAUUAAAACAACUUCCUUAGGGCUACAUUUAGGUAAUGAGUUAUGAUGUAUCCUCCUGAUAAUUCUCCUAAUACUUGAUAAAGUA